AUCCUGUCGUUCAUCGUGCGGAUUCUUGACCGCGACGACCACAUUCAACCCCCACUGGUUUCUAUACUAAAGAAUGGAUAUCCUUCAUUCGAAUAUUGCACGAAUUCAGCGUCAUCUUGCGUUCGUCACGACAGAUCCCAUUGAUUGGAAGCUCUUCGUUCAAGUAUCCUCAUGGGCUGUAACGCUUUUCGAAUGCUAUCUUCUGCUCCGGCAAUAUCCCUUGUACUCAAAAACUGAGCCACCCCCAGCUCUUGCCAAAUACAUUAGUAAAGAAGACUUCAAAAAGUCCCAAGAUUACGGAAGGGACAAAGCAAAGUUUUUACUGGUCUCCAAAAUCUACAGCCAGUUGCUCGAAUCUAUAAUGGUGCAAUAUGGGUUCUAUGCUUGGUCGUGGAAGCUCUCUAGGCAACUUGUCGGGCGUUUUGGAUAUGGACCAGAAUAUGAGAUAGUGAUAUCUAUCGUAUUCUCCUUUGUGAUGUACUGGCUUUCAUCUUUGCCUACGCUCCCUCUAUCUGUUUAUUCGACAUUUGUCCUGGAACAAAAACACGGAUUCAACAAGACCACGGCUGGAUUAUUUGUCGCCGACCUGUUGAAAGGUUGGGCGAUUACCCUAGUGCUCGGUGCCCCCUUCAUGGCUGCUUUCCUUUAUAUCUUCAAGUGGGCCGGUGACCAGUUCGUUCCUUGGCUCAUGGCAUUCAUGAUUGUGUUCCAGAUACUCAUGGUCAUCUUGUACCCGACCAUCAUUCAACCGCUAUUCAAUAAACUCACUCCCCUCAAGGACGGAGAGCUGAGGAACAGGGUCGAAGCUCUUGCCAGCAAACUCAAGUUCCCUCUCAAGCACUUGUACGAAAUUGAUGGAUCGAAGAGGAGCUCCCACAGUAAUGCCUAUUUCUUUGGUCUGCCAUGGAGCAAACACAUCGUGAUUUUUGAUACUCUCAUUCAAGAGAGCAAACCAGAGGAAGUCGAGGCCGUCCUUGCCCAUGAACUCGGGCACUGGUACUACUUGCACCCGACCAAGCUGAUGGCAAUCUCCCAGCUUCACGUCUUCAGCAUUUUGACGUUAUUCCCUGCCUUCCUUCAUGCUCCUCCCGUUCUACGGUCCUUUGAUUUCCCCAAAGAAGUUGCUGCCCGGCCGCCCACCGUCCUCGCAUUCUUCCUAUUCCAAAUGAUCCUCACACCUGUCGAGGCCGUUAUCAGUAUUGGAAUGAACGCUCUCAGUCGUCGGUUCGAAUGGGAAGCUGACUAUUUUGCUUGCAUAUUGAAAGACAAGUUGAAUGAUGAGAGAAUGAAUGAUAUGGGCGACCGUUUGGCUACCGCUCUCAUCACCCUGCACGUCAAGAACUUGUCCACUGUCUGGGUCGAUUGGCUCUAUUCCGCCUACCAUCAUUCCCACCCUACCCUCACUGAACGACUCAAGGAGCUAGAUAAGUUCCGUGUUCAAAAAGAGAAGAAGAAUUAGAAUGAAUCUGAACAUGUCCAGUCCAUUAUUGCAUGUCGGACU